GCUUCCGUUGGAGAAUGGAAAUUGGCAAAGAGAGAGGGAAAAGGUCCAAUUUGCGCCUUUGCUAUUUUAGGGGAGGUUGAAAUUACGAGCCAAAAUAGAUGCGCUCUCUGGAGUGACCUCUGUUCUCCAAGAUAGGAGAAAACCCAGGUCCUCUGCUUGCGAAGUGGCUCGAGCUCUUGGGUGUGAGGCAUUAUUAUAUAAAUUCAAGCUCGCUCCUGAUCCUUAGUACCCUGAGUUGCCUGAAGGGGGGAAUGGCACUGCCUGCGUGUGCAGCCCGGGCGCUCGGGCCGCCGCUGCAACCGGAGCAAGGAGCGCCCGCCCGCACCACCUGUCCUCGUCGUCAUUCCAGAGUAGAGGCCGAAUUGGCAGUGAGCCGGCCUGGGUCGGUCCCUGCCUCAGUCCGCGUGGGCCCUCCUAGGGGUGUGUCUCACGGAUUCAACUCCCAGCCGCUCCUGGACGAGCCCCUAAAGGCGUCUUCCUCCCUGGCGGGAGCCGUGCACGCCCCGCUCUUCGCGCUGCUGCCCCGAGGCCGCCGCAGGCGGAUGCGCGACCUCAGGCGACGCUGGGACCUGGGCUCCCUCUGCCGGGCCCUGCUCACUCGGGGCCUGGCCGCCCUGGGCCACUCACUGAAGCACGUGCUCAGUGCGAUCUUCUCCAAGAUUUUCGGCCCCUUGGCCAGCGUCGGGAACAUGGAUGAGAAAUCCAACAAGCUGCUGCUGGCUUUGGUGAUGCUCUUCCUAUUUGCCGUGAUCGUCCUCCAAUACGUGUGCCCCGGCACAGAAUGCCAGCUCCUCCGCCUGCAAGCGUUCAGCUCCCCGGUGCCGGACCCGUACCGCUCGGAGGAUGAGAGCUCCGCCAGGUUCGUGCCCCGCUACAAUUUCAGCCGUGGCGACCUCCUGCGCAAGGUAGACUUCGACAUCAAGGGCGAUGACCUGAUCGUAUUCCUGCACAUCCAAAAGACCGGAGGCACCACUUUCGGCCGCCACCUGGUGCGCAACAUCCAGCUGGAGCAGCCUUGCGAGUGCCGCGUGGGUCAGAAGAAAUGCACUUGCCACCGGCCGGGUAAGCGGGAGACCUGGCUGUUCUCCAGGUUCUCCACUGGCUGGAGCUGCGGGCUGCACGCCGACUGGACCGAGCUCACGAGCUGCGUGCCUUCGGUGGUGGACGGCAAGCGCGACGCCAGGCUGAGACCGUCCAGGAACUUCCACUAUAUCACCAUCCUCCGAGAUCCAGUAUCCCGGUACUUGAGCGAGUGGAGGCAUGUCCAGAGAGGGGCCACUUGGAAAGCAUCCCUGCAUGUCUGUGAUGGAAGGCCCCCAACCUCGGAAGAGCUGCCCAGCUGCUACACUGGUGAUGACUGGUCUGGCUGCCCCCUCAAAGAGUUCAUGGACUGCCCCUACAAUCUGGCCAACAACCGUCAGGUGCGCAUGCUCUCUGACCUGACCCUAGUAGGCUGCUACAACCUCUCUGUCAUGCCUGAAAAGCAAAGAAACAAGGUCCUUCUGGAAAGCGCCAAAUCCAAUCUGAAGCACAUGGCGUUCUUUGGCCUCACUGAGUUUCAGCGGAAGACCCAGUAUCUGUUUGAGAAGACCUUCAACAUGAACUUUAUUUCGCCGUUUACCCAAUAUAAUACCACUAGGGCCUCUAGCGUAGAGAUCAAUGAGGAAAUCCAAAAGCGUAUUGAGGGACUGAAUUUUCUGGAUAUGGAGCUGUACAGCUAUGCAAAAGAUCUCUUUUUGCAGAGGUAUCAGUUUAUGAGGCAGAAAGAGCAUCAGGAGGCCAGGCGGAAGCGUCAGGAGCAACGGAAAUUUCUGAAGGGAAGGUUCCUUCAGACUCAUUUCCAGAGCCAGAGUCAGGGCCAGGGCCAGAGCCAGAACCCGAGUCAGAAUCAGAGUCAGAAUCCAAAUCCAAAUGCAAAUCCGAAUCUGCCUCCGAAUCUGAUUCAGAAUCUGACUCAGAGUUUGAGUCAGAAUUCGAGCCAGAAGGAGAACCGGGCAAGCCCCAAGCAGAACCCAGGCCAGGAGCAGCCCGAAAGCAACACCAGCAAUGGCACCCAUGACUACAUAGGCAGUGUAGAGAAAUGGCGUUAAAUGGCUCUGAAAGGCUUGUGCACACUUCUCCCAAAGCGCCACCAAAAAGAUGGCAUAUCUUAAAAGAUGAAAAUGUCCAAACACAUCCUGAUUCCUUAAGUUUGUAAGUUAAAAAAGGUUUAGAUGUUGCCUUUACAGUUGCCUUUCAAUUAAAUGUUAUGCUGUGUGUGGGUAAAACAGAUCUCAAUAUGUAAUUAAAUUGUCUUUUUUUUUCUUUUGGUUGGACUUUUUAUGAAAUCCAAAAGCCAAAAGAGACUCACCAGAAAUUGCUGUGUAGCUGUUUUAAGAAGUUCUUAAAUUACUUAUGGAGGCAAAAUGAAUACACAAAAUGUGACCAUUUAACAUACAACUGAGAAAUGGAAUUUAAGUGAUUCCUGAUACACUGUUAAAACCCAGUUUUGGAAACAAACCCUUUUUCCAGUGGUGAGCGUAACUAUAAAUAUCAAAUGACUAAAAGAAACACAAAACCUUUCAUUUCCUUCUGAUUUUAACAAGGAACCUAUUUAAAUAAAACAGCAACUGAUGAUAAAUUUUACCAAAGUGUAGAAAAUUUGAAAAUUCCUCUCCCAAUGGGUGGUUUUAUGUAAAAAUAUUGGCUUUUCAAAUAGAACAGGACUCAUAUCUUGUAAUUUAAGAGAUGUUUAAAAUUUUAAACUUUUCUACCUUCUACUAUUUAAAGGUUUUAAACAGGGUGUAUCUCAUAUUAAGGAAAAAACAUAUUUUUUCCAAAUGGAAGACCAGUGUAAAAAUCUAAUGUCCAGAUGCUUUCAGAGCACUGUAAUUUCAACAAUUCUGGAAUCUUUUUGGCGCUGCUUCUCAUUCACUUUAAGGCUUUUCCAAGUUGUGCUCAUUCCAAACAAACCCAUGUAUAGAAUCUUUCUCCAUCAUCUAAAUGGUGUGUUGCUGAAUUAAUUGUGGUAUAUAAUCCUGGAUUAAAGUCAGGACUUUCUUUCUAUAGAAUUGUCUUAUCAAUGUUUGUGUAGUGAGGUCCUUAAUCAAGAAACUCUUGAACAGGACAAUGUGUCUAAAAAUAUUGCUGAAGUUAUUCUUGAUCAGAUAGAAUUGAACCUGAAUGUGAAUUGUUAUUUACUUUUUGUACAUCUUUAUUGUAUAAUGUUUCCAGUUUGGCUGGCUAUUUCUGGCCCAUUAGUUCUUCUUUGUGUUGACAAGUUUGUAGACAAUUAUAAAAGCCAAUAAAGGGUAGAAUAAGCAUGACAAUAGCCAGAGUUAUUCUUCAACACCAAAAGCUGCUGCUUGAUUCUUUGGGUUAACCUUUCUACCAGGUUUUCAUUUAUGAAAGACCAAAGUAGAGGGCAUUCUGCAGCAGAGUUAAGUAUCAAGAACAAUCUAGUGGAAGAGAGUAACAUGCUA